UAUUUGCUAUAAAGGAAAUUCUUGUUUUCAAUUCCCCGAUAAAGGAUGGUUUUUGUUUCAAAAACGCUACUACUGGCCAAUAUUGUUAUUCGGAUCCAAAUAGUGCUUCGAUAUUCAAUUUCAUUAGUGGUUUGAGUAUUAUUACUCCCACUGAUAUUAGUUGUACCGAUUGUAACAAAGCUAUUUUAAAUACUUUUGUAAAUUACUUUACUGCUCACCCUGAAUCUCUCAACGAGUUACCACCGACGGUUAAUGUAACAGCUUUUCAAACUGCUGUUGCAACAAAGUGUGGUCCUUCUUUCUUAGAUGGUUCCAUUCCUACUAGUACAACUUCCACUAGUUCUAGUUCUUCUACGCCAUCCGCAAAAACUAAUAGCGCCUCCAUGCACAAUCCAUCUUUUAUGUUGGUCGACACUAUCAUCGUGACUUCAUUUA